GAGCAAAUCCGAAAACAAAAUGUUGGAAUUGGAAUAUUUCUGAUUUAAUAAUGAUUUUAAAGAUCUUUGAAUCAAAGAACCAUAUUAAUUAGAAGUUUCUUAUCUAAUAUUCCGUUGUCCUUCUUGAAGUGCGUUGCCAUUUUUGACAGUUACGUAAGGGAGUCUUUUCAUUAUUAAAGCACCGUGUUUCGGUCCCGCAAUGUCCGUAUCGGCACUGUUAACACGUUUCAUCGUUGCGGGUCAAACAUUGACCGCUCCCGGUGUGUUCCAGCAGGUGCGCCAUAAAUGGGCCGACUGGCGGAUGAUUAAAGAUCACAAGCGCCGGCAGUGCGUGGUGCAACAUGCGGACGCCCGGCUACGGGUGAACUCUUUGCGGAAGAACACGAUCCUUCCAGUAGAGCUGCGUGAUAUCGCCAGCAGCGAGAUUCACGCAUUUCCGCGCGAUUCGAGCUUGGUGCGAGUGCGAGAGCGGUGCGCUGUGACGUCCCGUUCUAGGGGCAUCGUACACCGGUGGCGGGUCAGUCGUAUCGUUUGGCGCCAUCAAGCUGACUAUAAUAAACUAUCAGGUGUGCAGCGGGCCAUGUGGUAGAAAGUACUCAGUAUGCCGGAGUCAGUCCCGCUACCUGUAUUUAGCAAUUAGUUCCAAG